AUGGCCGAGUCAGGUUCAACACGAGUACGCUCUCGGCGAUCGCACAAUAAAUCUCGCUUGGGAUGUCAGAACUGCAAGCGAAGACGAGUGAAGUGUGAUGAGAAAAAGCCCGCGUGCAGUCCCUGUGUGCGCCAUUCCAUCGACUGCGACUACAUCCUCCCGGCUGCGGCUCCGACCACCUCUAGCACUGCAACGCGGCGAUAUCGCUUUCGUCGAUCGAAGUACCAACCUGAGACCCAGACAGACUCGUCUGCCGCAUCCAGAUCCGGCUCCGAGGCUCGAGGGUCGGGGCCAGUGUCGACCGGAACACAGUGUGACUUAGCCGCCAGCCAGCCGCCCGGCGGGAUCUCGUUCGCGGAUCUCAAACUAUAUCACCACUACAUGACCACGGCGUACAAGACUCUGGCCGACGAGAAAGGGGAUACGCAUGGCGUCUGGUCCAACCACGUGCCCCGCUGGGGGAUCUCCUUCCCCUCGAUCCUGCAUCUCAUUCUCUCGCUGGCGGCGCUUCAUCUGGCGGCCGAGAACCCCGACACGCGGGCGGAGUACCUCGCCCAGGCGGACGAUCACUUCACCUUCGGGGUGCGGUCGGUCACCGCGGUGCUGGCGCUGCUGAACCCGGCGAAUUGCCAGCUGAUCUACAUGGCGGCGGCGUUGAUCUGUCUGGCCUACUUUGGCCGGGGACCCCGCGUGGGCGAGUAUCUGGUGUUUAGCCAGCGCGGCCAGUCCGAGUGGCUGGUGUUGCUCCGCGGGGUGCGGUCCAUUCUCACCACGAACCAUGAACGCAUCUUCACGGGGGUGCUGACUCCGGUCCCUGACGAUAGUAUCAAGGAGGUCAGCCCGGCUCUGCAGACGGAGCUGGACCAGCAUCUGUCGCAGAUCCAGGCUCUGCAGUCCUGGAUCCCGUCGCAAGUGAGUGAUGCUGCCGCCUGCGAGGUGUAUGCCGCCUCGAUCGAGGAUUUGAUGUCCAUUCUCCAGGAGGCAUACGCGUUCCGCAGUGCCGGCAAGGACGGCAUCCAUCUGAUGCAUCUAGCCAUGGGGUGGAUCUAUCGGGCGCGAGAGGAGAUGAUUGCGUUGCUCGAGGCGAGAGACCCGUAUGCGCUGGUGGUGUACGCGCACUGGAGUAUCAUACUCCGGGAUAUGCAGUCGUGUUGGCUGAUGAGGGGGUGGGAUGUGCAUGUUGUGGAGGGGGUGAGGGCGUCGUUGCCGGUGGAGUUGCGAGGGUGGAUUGCGUACCCGCUGAGGGUGGUGACUGGUGGUGUUCAUCCAAGUUCUUAG